CGACGCAAGACGGUUUCGAACUCAACGUCGUACGUUUUCAGUCAGUCAGUCUGGUUAGUCUUCAUCCUCAGUGUUGCAUUCUGUGCCAGAGUCUAUCACCGUUCCAACCAUACAUGAGAAAUGGAGUUAUCUCAGCCGACUCCCGAAACGGAAAAAACAUCCAAGGAGAAUAGCAGUGCUGUAGGAAAUCAUGGAGACGCCCACUUAAAUGGGAUGUCCAAUGGUUUUGAUCGCAAGAAGGAGCACAAGUCCGAGCACAAGGAUAAGGAUAAAGAGCGAUCCCACAAGUCAGAACAUAGGGAUAAGGAAAGGAGCAAGGACAAGGAGAGAAGUCACAAAAGUGAACAUAGAGAUAAAGACCGACACAGAGACAAAGAUAAGCAUAGCUCUAGCUCUUCUAAGGACAAGGAUAAACAUGGAAGCAGUAGCAGCAGUAAGGAUAAAGACAGGGACAAGGAGAAGAAGAGCAGCUCUUCCUCGAGUAAAGACAAGGAGCAUAAGAGCAGUAGCAGUUCCUCUAGCAAAGACAAGGAUAAGGAGAGAUCCAAAGAUAAGGAAAGAGAUCAUCACAAGUCUAGCUCCAGCUCAAAGGAUAAGGAGAAGCAUCAUAGCAGCAGCUCCAGGGACAAGGAAAAGGAUGGAUCUAGUAAAGACAAGGAUGCCUCUAGCAAAGACAAGGAAAAGAGCUCUAGCUCUAGCAGAGAUAAGGACAAGGAGAGACAUAAAAGUUCGUCCUCCUCUUCCAAGGAUAAGGAGAGGAGCAAGGACAAGGAUAAGGACAAGAAACAUUCUAGUUCUCAUUCCUCCUCUGAUAAAGACAGACAUCGAUCCGACAAGGAUAAGCAUCGUCACGACAAAGACAAGGAUCGUCAUCGUCAUGACAAAGAGAAAUCUAAGCACCGAGAAGACAAGGACAAGAAAGAAAAAGUGAAAGAGGAGCCUAAAAUUAAGGAUGAGAUAGAAAUUGAGACUGAAAUUUCCAUCAAAGAGGAACCUAUUGUGAAUAACUAUAAUGACGUUAAAAAGGAGCUUAUUUCUCAGCAAGAAGAGAACAGCCAGCAGGAUAUGGAUGAUGAUGACAGCGGCGAGGAACGACCUCUUUACAUUAAAGAGGAAGACGACGACGAGAAGGAUGAGAAGUUUAGAGUAAAUGACGAGGCUAGUUUAGACUCUACGUGCAACGACACCAGACUUUCCGAACUUCAUAAUACUACAAUCAAAACUGAAGAAUCUGAUGAAGACAUGCCAUUGUGUUUGCCAAUGGAGACCGCCACAAGAUGUGAAGAACAAUAUCCUUUCGAAUAUCAGCACUCGAUUGGGUCAUCGCGAUCAAAGCCUUCACCAAGUGUCAAAAGAAAGGUCGAAUCCUCCGAUGAGGAUGAAGAUGUUCCACUGUCUGCUCGCAAGAAGCCGAAGAAAGAAGCUACCAAGAGCAAGAAAAAGAAAAAGGACUCUGAUUACGAAGAAUCAGAUUUUGAAGAAGAGAGACCUAAAAAGAAAAAGCAAAAGGCUCAAAAAGCGACUAAGGCGGUUAAAAACGAAAAUCCGACUCCUAGUCCGAAAAAGAAACAGAAGAAGGAAGAGGAGGAACAACACGUUUGGAAAUGGUGGGAGGAAGAUAAGAAAGAUGACGGAACAAAAUGGAAAUUCUUGGAACACAAGGGACCCGUGUUUGCCCCGCCAUACGAGCCAUUACCCUCCAGCGUCAAAUUUUAUUACAACGGCAAGGAAAUGAAGCUGAGUGAAGACACCGAGGAAGUGGCAACAUUUUACGGUCGUAUGUUGGAACACGACUACACCACGAAGAAGGCUUUUAACGACAACUUCUUCCACGAUUGGCGCGAGGUGAUGAAUGACUCUGAGCGGGCGAAAAUCACAGAUCUGUCAAAGUGCAAUUUCAAAGAGAUAAAUGCCCACUUUUUGCAAAAGAGUGAGGAGCGCAAGGCGAUGUCGAAAGAGGAGAAGAAAAAAAUCAAGGAAGAGAAUGAAGAAAUUCAGAAGGAGUACGGUUUUUGUACGAUUGAUGGUCAUAAAGAAAAGAUUGGUAAUUUCAAAAUUGAGCCGCCGGGUCUCUUUAGAGGUCGAGGCGAGCAUCCAAAAAUGGGUAAACUGAAGAGGCGAGUUGUGCCAGAAGAUGUGCUGAUCAACUGCUCAAAAGACUCGGUUAUUCCGAAAGCUCCAGCGGGUCACAGAUGGAAGGAAGUGAGACACGAUCCAAAUGUCACAUGGCUGGCUUCUUGGACUGAAAAUGUUCAAGGUCAGGUGAAAUACGUCAUGUUGAAUCCGUCGAGUAAACUGAAGGGAGAGAAGGAUUGGCAGAAGUAUGAAAUUGCGAGAAAACUAGCAAAAUCAAUUGAGAAACUUCGUGAUGAGUAUCGGGAAGAUUGGAAGAGCAAAGAGAUGAAGAUCAGACAGAGAGCUGUCGCUCUUUAUUUCAUUGACAAGCUGGCUCUGAGAGCUGGUAAUGAAAAGGACGAGGACCAAGCAGACACUGUUGGUUGUUGUUCUUUGAGAGUUGAACACAUCAGUUUGAGCGAGCACAAGGAUGGAAAAGACUAUGUCGUUAUAUUCGACUUUUUAGGUAAGGACUCUAUUAGGUAUUAUAACGAAGUACCAGUAGAGAAACGAGUUUUUAAAAAUCUCCAAUUGUUUAUGGAAAACAAAUCUCCGGGAGACGAUUUGUUUGAUCGUUUGACAACGACGGUGAUGAACAAACACUUGAACGAGUUGAUGGAAGGUCUCACUGCCAAAGUAUUCAGGACAUACAACGCGUCGUGGACUCUACAGCAGCAGUUGGAACAACUGACAAAUCCCGACGAUUCAGUGGCAGAGAAGAUUCUUUCGUAUAACAGAGCGAAUCGAGCAGUCGCGAUAUUGUGUAACCAUCAACGUGCCGUUCCAAAGACGCACGCAAAGUCCAUGGAGAACUUGAAGGCGAAGAUUGACACGAAAAAGGAAGCGAUCGAGGAGGGAGAGAUUCAGGUUAAAGACGCCAAACGAGACGCAAAGAACGGAUCAGUUAAGGAAAAAGUAAUAUACGAAAAGAAAAAGAAACAGCUUGAGCGCUUGAGAGAACAACUCACAAAGUUGGAAGUACAGGCCACCGAUAGGGAAGAAAAUAAAGAAAUUGCUCUCGGAACGAGUAAGCUGAAUUAUUUGGAUCCUCGAAUCUCCGUUGCCUGGUGCAAAAAGUUUGAUGUUCCAAUUGAGAAAAUCUACAACAAAACUCAGAGAGACAAAUUCCGAUGGGCAAUAGACAUGGCGGGUCCUGAGUUCAUCUUUUAAAACUGCUUUUACCGUCGAGAUGUGUCUGGAGCCUUUGUUUAGUAAAUUUUGCUUGCGUUGCGGAGACAUGCCAAACAACGACUAAUAUUUUAUUUGUCAGCAGCGUGAGACCCGCUUGACUGUAAGAAAUAUUUUAAAACAAUGUGUGCUGUAUCAAUUUUUUGAGUUGAAAGCCCUAGUGAUGUAAUUAGUGCGUAUAUUAUCUUAAUUGUGAAGUACGUCAUUCAUUCAUUGAGCAGUGUUUGAAUCGUCCGAGUGAAAUGUGAAAAGGUGAUCUUCGUCGAAAUGUGAGCGUCAGAUUUCACACUGUCAGUAAUUUAAAACCUAGAAAUGGAAGAAAAAAAAAGUAAAAAAAAAGAAGAAAAAGAAACCAUUAGAUAGACAUUUCUUAUGUGUGUCAACUAUAGGAAACGUAGUGUAAAUAGGAGAAAAAAUUUUAAAGAAUAAAUCAGUUGCAAAUCAUUGCACGAGGUCAUUCGCUGUCCAGCGAAUAGGUUUUUUUUUCUGUGUCCGCGCGCAGCUUUAAAGGCCGUCUUGAAUGUGGACUAAUACAAACUUGAAAAUUGUUUCUAAAUUGUAAUGGUUCCAGAAAAUAAGGAUCAUCCAUCAGAUACGAUAAGUUUCACUUACUAAUACGACUAAUAAAUAAAUACGAUAACUGUUUAAGUUACAUACUUAGGAAUUUCGCUUAGAUUAGAACUUCAAAAGUGAUCACUUUUGAGAUCGCCACUUGAAUGUCAUUCGUGCAUGCAAAUUCUCUAGAGUUCCAGUAUAAUCUGGAAUUUAGAAUGUAUGGAUUGUUCAUGCUUGUUCCUACAAGAAAACGACAUACGAUUAUAUCAGUCAUUUAUGGAGAGUCUGUGCUUUUACUGAUUUCAACGUUUUUUUUAUAUAUAUAUAUAUAUUAAUUUUAAAUGCUAUUUUGAUUAUUUGUGGAAAUAAUAUAGGAUUUUAAAGUGAGUUAUCAAGAUCUCUGGAAAUUGGGUGAAGGCACAGAUGCUCCAUUCGAAUUCUAGAUUUUGCAUAGGAUCAUCGCUAUUGACAACUUACACCGAACUCUUCUAUCGAUUAUUUAUAUGCGAUUAGUAGUUAUUAUGAAUAAUAACGUACCUAGAUAUGACCGGACAUUUAUACGCAUAUACAUAUGAAUAUGUAUUAUUUAAUUAUUUAAGUGGUGGUAAAAAAAUAAAAGUGGUAGAGUUGUUUCGUCUUUUUUGAAAUGGCUCUGCUUUUGUCAAAAGGAGACACGUCAAGACUUAGAAUGAAUUUUUCCCUUUUGUAAAAAGGUAAAGCCGAUGCCGAAGUUUACUCUUCUUUGAGGCGUCACACUUCUUUCCGAAAAAAAAAACAACUGCAUUUUUGUUGUCAGACAGCAGAUUCGGAGAUGCACGAGUCCCAAGAAGUGCAAUUAUAAUUACUAGAAAAUCAUGAAGCCGUGCGAGCGUGAUUAUUUUGUAAAAGUAUAAAUCUAAAUGCAAUUUUGUAAUUAAACUGUUGUCCAAGCGCGCUGCAUUUGGAAUCUCAGUGUUUUGAAACUAUUUUGCAUCGACGAUGAGUUUUGAAGGCUGAGGUGGGACGAGAUCAAGAGGCAAGACUUAGUUACAAAUUAUAAUUAAAAAAUAGACAAUGUGUGAUUCUAAUGAAUAUAAUUAUAAAUUACAAUUAAAUAACAAACGCUGGACUUGUUAAGAAAUUGAGGAUUUAUAAACAAAACUUCACACAAUUGUAAUCUUUACAAAUCUUGUGUUUUAUACAAGUAUAACUGGCUCUUUUUUUAAGUUAUUUGGGACAUUUCGAAUUCUCUGUAUCCACGGAUCAGACGAAAAUGAUAUCACUUGGUGUAAGAAAUUAAUUUGAGAACAUGUGUUUUCACUUGAAUGUGUCGCAUUGUUUUUUAGCUACAUUACCAUUCUCAAACCCCAGCGUCACAGUGCAUUUGAUUUUAAAUAUGUAAAGAUGUUGGGAAGGAAAACCCUCUAUAUUUUAAUAUACUUGAAGAUUAAAAAAAAAACUGAGAUGCGACAGUUGUGUAAAAUUGUAACAAAGCCAAGGAAAUCUGAAGGAUAAUGUACCGAAAGGGCAGUUUGAAGAACACAAUAUAUCACUAAAUGAAAAACGACUGCAUGUGUCUGUUUGCGAAGCUCUAAUUUCUGAUAUUAAUAUUAAUACGUAUAUACAACAAAAGGGGUAUUUUUUAUUUUUACCGAGCAUCAAGAAAAUAUUACUCUGACCUGCACAAAGUGUCGGACUAUAUGUGUUUUGAAUAUCGCCACUUCUGUACAUUACAAGAAUAAUAAAUGUGUUUAUUCAGGAA